CGUCAAACUCCUCCCUUUCACCGACGUUGACGACAGCAGCACGACGAGAGGUCUUGUCAAGAUGAAGUCCGUCCUCCUCAGCCCGCUGCUCCUGGCCGGCAGCACUCUGGCUGCCCUGAACAGAGCCCCAGGACCACCCAAGCCUCUGCCACCCAAGCGGGUCGACGAGCGAUUCAGCACGGGCAGUCUCAAGAAGCGGGACAACACCACCACCGUCGGCCAGGGCACCUUUGAGCAGCUGCUCGACCACAAUGACCCCAGCAAGGGCACCUUCAGCCAGCGUUUCUGGUGGAGCUCUGAGUACUGGACGGGUCCCGGCGCGCCUGUCGUCUUCUUCACGCCUGGCGAGAUCGAGGCCGACGAGUACACGGGUUAUCUCACCAACGAGACCAUCACAGGCGUGUUCGCCCAGGAGCUUGGAGGCGCCGUCGUCAUGAUGGAGCACCGCUACUGGGGCGAGUCGAGCCCGUACACCUGGCUCACGACCGAGAACUUCACCUACCUGACGCUGGAGCAGGCCAUCAAGGACACCACGUACCUAGCCAACAACAUUGAUCUGCCCUUUGACCCCACCGGCUCCAGUCUGGCUUCGAAUGCUCCUUGGGUCAUGGCUGGUGGAAGUUACUCGGGUGCUCUGACUGGCUGGGUCGAGGCUGUCGAUCCGGGCACGUACUGGGCAUACUAUGCGACCAGUGCCGUCGUCGAGACCAUCUGGGACUUUUAUCAAUACUUCAAGCCUGUGCAGGCUGGCAUGCCCGCCAACUGCAGCGCAGACGUGCAGAGCGUCAUUGCCUACGUUGACUCGGUUCUUACGAGCAACGACACGGCUGCCAUCCAGAGCCUGAAGGCCAAGUUCGCCCUUGAGGAUCUCGAGCACAACGACGACUUUGCUGCCGUCCUCGAGUACGGCCCUUGGGAGUGGCAGGAGAUUCAGUUCUACUCGGGCUACAGCCCCUUCUACCUUUUCUGCGACUCUGUCGAGAACGUUGGGUACUAUUUCCCUGACUCCACUACUGUUCCCGGUGCCGAGGGCGUUGGUCUUGAGAAGGCGCUUGACGGCUAUGCUGCGUUCAUCAAGAACUACAUUGUGGACGGUGCCUGUGCCUCUUACGGCUAUGAUGUUUGGACUGACGAGUGGGAUGUUGGCUGCUUCGACACGUACAACGCCAGCAGCCCGUUCUUCACUGACAGGAGCGUGGACAACAUCUACAACCUUCAGUGGAACUGGUUCCUUUGCAACCAGCCCUUUGCCUACUGGCAAGAUGGUGCCCCAGGGAACGUCUCCACCAUCGUCUCCCGCCUUGUCUCUGGAGAAUACUGGCAGCGCCAAUGCUCGCUCCUGUUCCCCCCUCCAGGAACCUUUGACCCUGACAACAAGACCGUUGCCGAUACCAACGCGUACACCGGCGGCUGGGACACGGCUGGCAACACCACCAGGCUUAUCUGGACCAAUGGCCAGUACGAUCCUUGGAAGGACUCGACCGUCUCCAGCGACUACAAGCCCGGUGGUCCGUUCCAGGGCACUGCCACAGCGCCUAUCCAGGUUAUUCCCUCUGGCAUCCACUGCAGCGACAUGCUGAUUGACAACGGCCUGGUCAAUGCUGGUGUGCAGGAAGUGAUCGACAAUGAGGUGGCACAGAUUGUGACCUGGGUCGACGAGUAUUACACGGAGAAGAAGAAGCCUAGAGUCGUGAGGCGACACUAGAUUCUUAGCAAUGUGCUAUAAUUUGAUCGUGUGAUGAUAUAAAUUGAGAAUAUGAAUGUAAUAUUGGAUGCAUUGCCAAGAACCAACGCUUGUCCCUGCUACUAAGUUGUGAGAAGAAAACAAAAGAAAAGAAGCUUCCUCUCAGGCCAUGAUCUGAUUCUAAUCAUCUAAUCAUAUCUCGUUUCCUAUCUAUGCGUCUGACUCUGUCUUGUAGUACUUGCUAGCGAUGGGCUGCUGAACCUGCGCCGAGCCCUCGGGCAACAACCUCCGUGACUUGGCCUUGAAGUCCUCCAGUGCUUCAUACCAAUCCUCAUCGACCCCUCUCAUCCUAUCCAAGCCCCUCUCCUCCACGCCUUGGUUCACCCACUCCAAGACCUCAUUCAUAUACGGUACCUGAUUCUGCAGCAGGCUGUGGAAGGCUUUACCCUUUACUCCUUUUGCCUUCCUGGCCGCGUGCUCUUCUUUCAUCUCCUCUCUGCUCGGUAGCUCUGCCAUACCAGCGUACACUCGCGCCACCACCUCGGCCUGGAAGUCGAACAUGGAGAAGGUUGAGGUGUAGUAAGGCACACCCACGAAGGACAGGGUCGGGUCCGGGAUAUAGAAGAUGUCCUUGUGCAGGUUGUGCGUGACACACUUAUC